CUGUGUGACUCCGGGCGCUGCACUCCGCAAUCAGCUGCGCCAAAAAACCAGCUUGCCUGUGCACCACCACCAAGGCUCCCGAUGGCUGCAAGGAUGCGGACUUCUCUGGUCGUGUGCUGCUGUGUCUUCGCGCUGCAGUGCUUCCAGGGCACGCUUUGUCUUCCAGUGCGGAGGUCUAGCAGGUACAAAGUGGCACCGGUCUCUGAAAACUUCCCGGACCUGAAGAAGAGAGGAAAAGCUCCUCACGCUCAGGAUUCGGUUAAAGAGACGAGCUUGUUGGCAAACAGCACACGGAGCCGUCCUCGCUGCGGGGUACCAGAUUACCCCGCCCAGGAGGAGGGACGAUACCGCCAGAGACGCUACGCCCUGCAUGGAGCACGUUGGGACAGGAGCGACCUCACCUAUAGGAUUGACGGAUUUCCUUGGCAGUUGGGAGAGGAAAGGGUUCGACGUGUCUUUCGGGAUGCAGCGAAGCUCUGGAGUGACGUCACCCCGCUCACCUUCACUGAGACCCGCAACGGACAUGCUGACAUUCGCAUUGACUUCAGAAGGUUAUGGCAUGGAGACAACCUUCCCUUCGAUGGCCGCGGUGGGAUUCUUGCUCAUGCCUUCUUCCCCAAAACACACCGACAAGGUGAAAUCCACUUUGACGCCGAUGAGUCAUGGACCCUCGGAAACCACAUGGGCACAGACCUUCUCCAGGUUGCUGCCCAUGAGUUCGGGCACGUCCUGGGCCUGCAGCACACCCGUGUGAAGGGCGCCAUCAUGUCCCCACACUACUUCCACUCCUCCUUCCCACCCAGGAUGAGCGAUGACGACAAGUGGGGCAUCCAGCGCCUGUACGGAUCUCGGCAAGUUCGACCCACCACCACGCCAACUACAACCCCCACCACCACUACAACCACCACCACCACCACCACAACCACUACUGAGAGCAACGAGAUCUUCCCUAGUGGACCCGAUGCCUGCAGGACAGACUUUGAUGCCGUGUCUAUGAUCCGAGGGGAGCUGUUCUUCUUUAAGUCGGGCUACGUUUGGAGGAUCAGGGACGGGCAUCUGGAAAGCGGUUACCCGGCGCUGGCGUCCCGUCACUGGAGGGGGAUUCCCAACAACAUCGAUGCCGCCUUUGAAGACAAGUCAGGGAAUAUUUGGUUCUUUCAAGGUGGGAACUACUGGGUGUUUGAUGCCGAAAGGCGGAUCAGGGGGCCGGAGUCCAUCAGGAAUUUGGGUCUGUAUGAGUCUGGGAUCCAAGCGGCGCUGCGCUGGGGCCAGGACUCCAACUACAACACCUACUUCUUCAAGUCAGGCAGCUACUGGAGGUUCAGCCCCCAGGAGCACCGAGUCGAGUCUGGCCCACGCAGCAUGCAGGACUGGGUCGGCAUCCCCAGCGUCGUGAACGCCGCUUUCCGAGACAUCUACGGCUACGCUCACUUCAUCCGAGGACGGCAGUACUGGAAAUUUGACCCCGUUAACAUGAACUCUUUGGAGGGCUACCCUCGCUACGUCGGCGUGGAUUUCUUUGGCUGUAGAAACAUUCGAGUCUGAGCUGGAGGAUUUUUUUUUUUUUGACAAUGAAGAGGAGGGUUUUUUUGUUUUCAUUUGAUUUUUAGAGUAAAAACAUUUGUAUGUUUGGAUUCAAGGGGAUGAGAGGAUCUCCUUUGAAUCUGUUUAUCCUUCAUUUAUUGAUACACAGAUCAAGUACACCUUCUCAGGAAAACCAAGUUGUAUUCCCUCAGACUUGGCACCUCCUGUGCAGCUAUCCUCAUAUUUAUUUUGCACAUUUUUGUCACAGUAAGGCUGAGUUCUGGGCCCUCGUUUAACGUUCUCACCUCUUUUCUCUGAGCCUAAAAGUGAGAUUUUGGUCCACAGACUGUUCUACUUAGUGCCUGUAGUCUGUGUUUUCCAUUUCAGCAGUUGUGUGUCUUCCUCAUGGAUGGACUUCGCUGACCCUUUGAGGGUCCAAAGAGCGACCUCAACGUUUGUACAUGAGCUGCUGUAGGUGGCAGUGAGAGUUUUGUUUUAACGCUGUAAUUACUAACCCAGAAAUCACUCAGCAGGAAUGUCAGCAAACAACAAUUUCAGCUACGCUUCCCUUUUUUACAGACAGGAUUGCACAUGCAGUCGCUUUCCUGCCAGCCUCACUCCCAUUAACCAUAAUUCAAAACCACAGACUGUAUAAAAAGAUGGACAGCCCACUGCUUAAUGAAGUCCCAUUGUGAAGCCUCACACUGAGCUUUUUCAACCAUUGCCAUCUUAGUUUUUUGAAAACAUGUCAUGAGUGUGUGGCAUACCCAACUUUUAUCAUCCUUUAUCACAGAUUAAGGAAACGAUGGUCAGCUUUCCCGUAGAUUUCUAUACGAUCAAACAUCUUUUUAAAGCCAGAAGAGAUGCCCCCUGCUGGCCAGUAGAAUGAAAACAGGUUUAGGGCAGAAUCAGUGACAGAGGGCGGCCCUGGCCAAGUCCAGCACCCACUGGGAGCGAGUCUGACUUAUCGCUGGAAAUGCAAAUUGAGCUGUUUGGCUCCAUACUCCUGAAGGACCUCCCAUAGGCUGCCACAAAGGACACAGUCAGAUACCUUCUCCAAGUAUACAAAACACAUGCAGACUGAUUAGGCCAGUGGUUCUCAAACUUUUUCCAUCAUGCCCCACUUUGCUGGAUGAAAUCUUUUCACGCCCCAUGCGAAGUGCGUUGGGGUGGGGGGGUCUAUGUACACAAAAGAUGGUGGAGAAUUUCGGUAGUCGCUACCUGCUAACGUGAGAAUUAAUCCGAUAGUUCUGGAUGAUUUUUCUCCCAGAUAAUUCGCGUCCCACCGUUUGAGACACCCUGGGUUAGGCAAACCCACACACCCUUGAAUAUCCUUAAGAGAGUUUCAGUCCAGCAUUCCAUGACCAGGACGAAAACCACAUUGUUCCUUCUGAACCCAGUGUUCAACUGACAGACCAGCACCCUGGCGUAAACCUUCCCAGGGAGGCCGAGUAGUGUGAGCCCCAUAUAAUUGGAAGAGACCCUCCAGUCCCCCUUCUUAAAGAUGGGAACCACCACCCCAGAGGCACCACCCCAGAUCUCCACGUGAUGUUGCAGAGACGUGUCAACCAAGACAGCCCUACAACCUCCAUUAAGGAAUUCAGGGUGAAUCUCAUCCACCCCGGGGGCCCUGCCACCAAGGAGUUGUUUAACUACCUCAGUGACCCUCGGUGUUGGGCGAGUCGUGCCCCUGUUCCCCAGACUCUGCUUCAUGGCUUGAGCUCAGCUAAACUGAGUUUAUUGAAGAGCACAAGUGGAAAGAGGUGCGCUUGAUUUAUAACACAAGAAAAAACGCAAAAGCAUCAGAGUGAAAAUUAAUGCAAAACACUAAUCCCUUUUUCCCUGAUUAUUUUGUUUUCGCAGUCUUCGGAAGCUAAAGUCGCUGAUGAAAUUAUGAUUCAUCUGGCCUUAUGUCCAUCUUUUAUAUACAGUCUAUGAUCAGAACAUACCCAGAUGUGAGACUUUUGGCCCUGAUCUUGGAAACUUUGGGCAAUUAUGGCUUUGGCAGAUGUAGUGUGGGCCAGAUGUGUAUUACAUUUGGUUUGGGCUACAUUUGGCCCAAAUUUGGGUGACCUGUGACUCAUAUAUAUGGAAGCCAGAUUCACCGACUCAGCACCAUCGCUCUUGGCCCAAACUAGGCCCAAAGAUAACUGCUGAUGUGGGCCGCGCCUGUGCCAAACAUUCAUUGCUGUCAGAUACCAAAAAUACAGUGCAGAUAGCAAAAUAUUGUGCGUUACCACAAUUUUUCAUUGAGUCGUUAUUCAGUGAAGCUUUCAUCUGAAGCUUUUCAGGCGGCUGCAUCAUGAUGAUUUAUGUCUCGUUUCCAUUGCACUUUAUCUAAUUUAAACUUUUUAUCCAUACAGUGACCAAAACCUUGCAAUAUUGUGGCAUUUUGUUAAGUUUCUAAUGUGUAUUACUUUUCAUGCACAAAUUAGAAAUGAAUGGACCAAAAACCCAAAGAGGCUACAGUUGAAGAAGUAACACUGUCACCAUUCAGUUUGCUUUGACAGAUGAAAACCACACACAGAGACACCUCCUACAGCUUUGCUAGAGAUGAAACUAGCCACCACCAAAGGUAGCCUCUGAGAUGCCAGUUAGUUUCACUUUCAGCCAGUAACAGUGGCCAUAAAUAACUUUGUUUGCUCCUCUUCAUGAGGGCCGGAGGCCUCAAACCAACUCAGGUGUGAGUCACUAAAUAACGAGUCCCGUCUCUUCUCUGGGCACAAACACGUCAAACCAACAAUGUUUUAUCAUUGUUUGUGAUUUUCAGUGUUUGCUCACUGCUGUUUGAGAGAAAGUUUUGGCAAAAUAUGAAAGAUUUCAGUUUCUUUUCUUCUCUGGUGUGAGUAUAUAUUUUAUAUAAUCUUUAAAAAAUGCCAUCGGUGCAUUAAAAUAUUGGUCAUGUUUUGAUGUCAUUCUUCUAGCACGAGGAUGUGAGGUUCUCAUUUUUUCAGUGUGCAGGCGUUUGUUGCAGGAAAAGCUGCAGGGCGCCAUCUAGAGUGCAACACUGUCAACCACCUGAGAGAGCACGGGCGCUCUGUGUGCUCUUUGCUGUGUAAUCACUAACAGGUUUAUGGGUAGCAGCGGCUGUGCACAUCAACCUGGUAAUUAAAAAAAUUAUUUUGACUCUAAAAUGUUGCAACAAUAAGAGAGUAAGAUUUGAUUGCAUUUGGACUCUGCAAAGAAAUUUAAAUUACACUGCAAAAAUCAACUUACAGAAGUGUUUAUGGGUCAAGGAGAAGUCAGAAUUUUCCAUAUUUAACAGAAAACAGAGCAAAUGCAUGAAGAUGUUAAGCAAAUACUUUCCAUCACGGCUAGAAAGCAAAAGCAUUUCAAGGACUCCUGUGACGACCCCUUUGUGGGUCUGCACCCCCAGGUUGAGAACCACUGCUCCAUCCUUUCCUGACUUUCCCUCUGCUGCGUCGCUGAUGCAGCGCUUGAAGGCUCAGUGCAGGACACUGACGAGUUGUUCCAGCUGUCAUUGUUGUUGGAAUCAUUUCUGCACCUCAGUUCAAGUGUUCACCUUUGCUUUAAAACAUAUUUAUACACAACUUAGGAAAAUGUUCCUGUAUAUACAUCUGUAAUAUUUUUGUAUCCUUUUGUAGCCUUUACUCUGUUUACUGAAAUGUAUGA